UACGCCGACUAUGCCACAAAGAAGUCGAGACAAGUUGUUGUCAGACAAUCGUGGCUCAAUGUGUACAAAACUAAAAGUAUAGGGGAGGAAAUCGAUGUCUUUAAAAUAUAUAUAUAUAUAUAUUAGAUACUCGCAAUAGACAUGACGGAAAUGUUUUCAAAUCUGUAUGGGCAAAAUGAAGCUCAGGGACCACCCGGAUCAUCGUCUUUGGGAUUCGGAUCGGGAAAACCACCACCGCCUCUGCCGCCAAAUCAAGUCACCAUGGCGGCUCAGAUGCCACCUCAGCACGGGGAUGAGGGGCCUGCUCUACGGAAGCCGGGAGCAAUGAACGAACCUUUUUAUUUACUGCGAGAGCUACCAGUGGGCAAUGAGCUGACGGGCAACACCAACCUAAUCACCCAUUACAACCUGGAACACGCCUACAACAAGUUCUGUGGCAAGAAGGUUAAGGAGAAGCUCAGCAACUUCCUGCCAGAGUUACCAGGUAUGAUAGACUGUCCUGGCACCCAGGAUGGCAGUUCGUUGCGCUCUCUGAUAGAGAAGCCUCCAGUGUGUGGCAACUCCUUCAGCCCUCUGACCGGAGCCAGCCUCACCGGCUUCAGACUACACACCGGACCUCUACCAGAGCAGUACAGACUGAUGCACAUACAGCCCCCAAAGAAGAAGAGUAAAAACAAGCACAAACACCACCGACCACAAGAUCCCAUACCACAAGAAACCCCGUCAGACUCUGACCCCAAGAAGAAGAAGAAAAAGAGGGAUGACGACCCCGAUCGCAAGAAGAAAAAGAAGGAGAAGAAAAAGAAGAAGAACCGCCACAGUCCGGACCACCCUGGCUUGGCUGGCUCUCAGCCCAACAGCAACAGCCUCCGAUAGACCAGACAGACACGGUGUGUGUGUGUGAGGAGCAGCGUGUGAGUGUGUUUGAAGAGAAUCAGGAACUGUUUGUGAGAAUGUAUGCAGAUACGAGAGAUUAUGCAUUUGUGAGAGAGGGAUACACAAAUGUCUGUUUGUACAGUAUGUGAGUUUGUGAGAAAGUGUGUGGGUGGCAGAUUGGAUGUGAGCAUGGUAGAGUAAUGUUGUUACAGUAUGACAGACAGAAGGUCACUGAUGUUCUGACUGAGUACAGUGCCUUCGGAAAGUAUAAAAACCCUUUGACCUUUUCCACAUUUUGUUACGUUAGUCUUAUUCUAAAAGUGAUUAAAUUGUUUUUUCCCUCAUCAAUCAACACACAAUACCCCAUAAUGA